AUGUCUUUCAAGGAGAGAAGGAGCAGCCGCUCCACACCCUUGCCUCCGGCCGCGCAGUACGGCAGCAGCACAGCCCGCUCCCCACUCCUGCGGCUGGGGAAGGCUCGGCCGGGGCCGUCCCCGCACCGGGCGCUGUCGGCGUCGCCCCGGGGCCCUGCCCGAGCCCUGCUGGGCCCCGCAGCCGCCUGGAGCCAAACCUCGGAGCGUAACAACUGCCUGGCCCGGCCCAACAUCUUCCUGCACCAGGAGAUCGAGCCCAAGCUGCUGAGCAAGCUGAAAGACAUCGUCAAGAGGCACCAGGGCACGGUGACCGAGGACAAGAGCAACGCGUCCCACAUCGUCUGCCCCGUCCCCGGGAACCUGGAGGAAGAGGAGUGGGUCCGGCCGGUCAUGAAGCGCGACAAGCAGGUCCUGCUGCACUGGGGCUACUACCCCGACAGCUAUGACACCUGGAUCCCCGCCAGCGAAAUUGAGGCCUCCGUGGAGGACGCCCCGACGCCGGAGAAGCCCCGGAAGGUCCACGCCAAGUGGAUCCUGGACACAGACACCUUCAACGAGUGGAUGAACGAGGAGGACUACGAGGUGACGGACGAGAAGAGCCCCGUUGCCCGCAGGAAGAAGAUCUCAGCCAAGACGCUGACGGACGAGGUGAACAGCCCCGAUUCAGACCGGCGGGACAAGAAGGGGGGCAACUACAAGAAGCGAAAGCGCUCGCCCUCCCCCUCGCCCACCCCAGAGGCCAAGAAGAAGAACGCCAAGAAGGGACCCUCCACCCCCUACAACAAAUCCAAGCGCGGGCACCGCGAGGAGGAGCAGGAGGACCUGACAAAGGACAUGGAUGAGCCCUCGCCCGUCCCCAACGUGGAGGAGGUCACCCUGCCCAAGACAGUCAACACCAAGAAGGACUCGGAGUCUGCGCCCGUCAAGGGGGGCACCAUGACGGACCUGGAUGAGCAGGAAGAUGAAAGCAUGGAGACGGCCGGCAAGGACGAGGAGGAGAACGGCACCGGGAGCAAGGGGGAGCAGGCCAAGAACCCUGACCUGCAUGAGGACAACGUGACGGAGCAGACCCACCACAUCAUCAUCCCCAGCUACGCCGCCUGGUUCGACUACAACAGCGUCCACGCCAUCGAGCGCCGAGCCCUGCCCGAGUUCUUCAAUGGCAAGAAUAAAUCCAAGACCCCCGAAAUAUACUUGGCUUACCGCAACUUCAUGAUCGACACGUACCGGCUGAACCCGCAGGAGUACCUGACCUCCACGGCAUGCCGCCGCAACCUGGCCGGGGACGUCUGUGCCAUCAUGCGGGUCCACGCCUUCCUGGAGCAGUGGGGCCUCAUCAACUACCAGGUGGACGCCGAGAGCCGGCCCACCCCCAUGGGCCCCCCGCCGACCUCCCACUUCCACGUCCUGGCCGAUACGCCCUCGGGGCUGGGGCCCCCGCGGGAGUUCUCCAAGAUGAAGGAGGAGGUGCCCACGGCCUUGGUGGAGGCCCACGUCCGCAAGGUGGAGGAGGCGGCCAAGGUGACGGGCAAGGCCGACCCCGCGUUCGGGCUGGAGAGCAGCGGCAUCGCUGGCACCACCUCCGACGAGCCGGAGCGGAUAGAGGAGAGCGGUGCGGAGGAGGCGCGGGCGGAGGCGCAGCCGGCGGAGGAGAAGAAGGAGGCGAAGGAGCCCCGGGACGGCGCCGCUGAGGAGGAGGCGAAGGAGAAGCCCGGGGAGGCGCCCAAGAAGGAGGAGGAGAAGGGGAAGGAGGUGGAGGGCGAGAAGGAGCCCGACAAGGGUGAUGGCGAUGGCACAG